ACGGAGGUGCCCUGGCGGAGGCUGGCGCACCCCUGCUCGGGUGAUCUGGCGCAGAACCCAGGGGGUGCUUGGCGUUCGUCGGGCUCCUCCCCGUUUGCUGCGGCCUCAGAGCUCGGCGUUCUCCGGUGGCCUCCGCAGAAUGUGGAUGACGCCCAAGAGGAUUAGGAUGGAAGUCGACGAGGCUCUGGUGUUCCGUCCCGAGUGGACCCAGCGUUACCUGGUGGUGGAGCCUGCGGAAGGUGACGGGGCCCUGUGCCUGGUGUGUCGCCGCCUGGUCGCCUCUACUCGGGAACGCGACGUGAGGCGCCACUACGAGGCCGAGCACGAAUUCUAUGAACGGUUUGUAGGGGACGAGGAGCGCGCGGCCCUGGUGGAGCGCCUGCGGCAGGGUGACCUGUCUUUGGCCUCCGUGCUCACUCCGGAGGAGAGAGCGACGCGGGCAGGCCUCGGCCUCUGCCGCUUCUUGGCCUUGAAGGGUCGCGGCUGGGGUGAGGGUGACUUCGUACACCAGUGCAUGGAGGUGUUGCUGAGAGAGGUGCUGCCGGAUCACGUCGGCGUCCUGGAAGGCAUUGACUUAUCUCCAGAGAUCACGCAGCAGAGGAUUCUGAGCAUUGACAGCAACCUCCGGAGCCAGCUGUUUAACCGAGCCAGGGACUUCAAAGCCUAUUCCCUUGCUUUGGAUGACCAGGCUUUUGUGGCCUAUGAGAACUACCUGCUGGUCUUCAUCCGUGGCGUCGGCCGCGACCUGGAGGUGCAAGAAGAUCUUCUGACGAUUAUCAACCUGACUCAUCACUUCAGUGUUGGGGCUCUCAUGUCGGCAAUUCUGGAGGCCCUGCAGACGGCGGGGCUCAGCUUACAGCGAAUGGUUGGGCUGACCACGACCCACACUUUAAGGAUGAUUGGCGAGAACUCCGGACUGGUCUCCUACAUGAGAGAAAAGGCUGUGAGUCCCAACUGCUGGAACGUUAUCCACUAUUCGGGAUUUCUUCACUUGGAACUGUUGAGUUCUUAUGAUGUUGACAUUAACCAGAUCAUAAAUACCAUAUCUGAAUGGGUAGUUAUGAUUAAGACCAGAGGUGUUAGGCGACCGGAGUUUCAACCUUUACUAACUGAAUCUGAGUCAGAGCAUGGCGAAAGAGUUAAUGGACGGUGUUUGAACAACUGGCUGAGAAGAGGAAAAACGUUAAAGCUAAUAUUUUCACUACGAAAAGAAAUCGAGGCGUUCUUGGUUUCAGUGGGAGCAACAACAGUUCAUUUCUCAGACAAGCAGUGGCUUUGUGAUUUUGGUUUCUUGGUAGAUAUUAUGGAUUAUCUUCGGGAGAUCAGUGAAGAGCUGCAGAUCAGCAAAGUCUUUGCUGCCGCCGCCUUUGAGCGCAUCUGUACCUUUGAGGGCAAGCUGAGUUCACUUCAGAGACAUAUGGAGGAAGUAAAUCUGACAGACUUUCCUGCCUUCAGCAUAAUCGUUGAUGAACUUAAACAGCAGUUUAAGGAAGAUCAAAAAAUAUUUGAUCCUGACAGGUAUCAAAUGGUGAUCUCCCGCCUACAAAAAGAUUUCGAGAGACAUUUUAAGGACCUCAGGUUCAUUAAAAAGGACUUAGAACUUUUCUCAAAUCCAUUUAGCUUUAAACCGGAAUAUGCGCCUAUUUCUGUAAGAGUGGAGCUAACAAAACUUCAGGCGAACACUGACCUGUGGAAUGAGUACAGAGUCAAAGACUUGGGACAGUUUUAUGCUGGACUGUCUGGUGACGCUUACCCAAUCAUCAAAGGGGUCGCCUAUAAGGUGGCAUCCUUAUUUGAUAGUAACCAAAUCUGUGAUAAGGCUUUUGCAUACUUAACUCGAAACCAGCACACGUUGAGCCAGCCACUGACGGAUGAGCAUCUCCAGGCACUGUUUCGAGUUGCCACAACUGAAAUGGAUCCUCGUUGGGAUGAUCUUGUGAGAGAAAGAAAUGAUUCAUAAGCCAUUGUGGUACAAGAAGAAAUCAAUUUGGAAAGGGAAAAUUAGUUUGGUUUUCUUUCACAUUUCCUCAUUUGGAUGGUUGGGAAGCAUUGAACUUAUUACAGAUGUCCAAAUUGAUAAACAUUGAAAACUUCCUGACGAGUUGCCUUUCCCCAUCUCAUUCGGCAACAUGGGACUGAAGCAUAAGAAUACCACCUUUAAAAACUUAGCUUAAUGGAAAAGUCAUUGCCUUUUACUUUUAUUAUAACUGAUUUUCAACAAAUUUAGUAUCGAAAUUGUCAGUUGAACUAGAAGUCUGGUUUUAAAAUGGUCUAAAGAUAUAUGCCAGAAGUUUCAGCUCUUAUGUUGACACAGUGGAAAGUGUGACACAUGGUUUGAAAUGACCAGCUCCUUAAAAGUGUAUUUGAGUCGGUUUACAGAAACUCACAUACCAAAUUCAGUUUCUGAAAAGGGAUAGCAUAUACACAGUGGAGGUAUUUUAUCUAGCUAACAGAAUUUAAGAUUAUUUUUUAAAGCAUAUUUCUGAGUCUGAAGUAAAUACAACCCCCCAUCCCCACCUACCUACCCAGUUGAUGGUAACAUUACGGAUGGAGGAAGUAAUCAAUUUGGUGUUGGAGCAGCAAGAAUUAUUUUAAAUUUCUGAUUUAGGAGGUUUCUAUCAGGAGUUAAGAAUAACCAAUUAUUGGUGGUUUGCUCCUUAUUUUUUCACAGCUGGAGCAAUUUUUUCAGCUCAUCUAUCAAAGGACCAUGGCAUCAACCCUAGGAGAAAAUGGCAUGCUAUUUAGUAGUUACUUUCCUUUACAGAUGAUUUCUGGCUCUUCUGGAAUUUAAAAGUAAGUAAACUUGUUUCUAAGAAAGAUGUCUUAGUCAGCCCUUCUGACUACAAGAUCCUCAGCUCUUUUUUUUUUUUUUUUUUUGAAACAUGUAGCAUUCCCCCAUCAUCUCCCAAAGAGAAAACCCCCAGAUGACAUCGAGUUAACAUGGGCUUUUAGAUUUGCUGUAUUUUCUUGUUUUCUUGUUUCAUGCCUCUGAAUUUCAUUUUUAGAAAAUGAGACAUUUCAAUCUUAAGUCAGAAAGCCAGAUGCUUAUUAGUCUCUUUCAUUAAGCCAUUGUACCCAACUUAAGAGGUGAACUAGUAGCAUUCUCUUAGUUGGACUUACAGUUUUAGGAAGUCACACUAAUUCACUCUGAGGUCUUGGUAGUAGGUACAUUAGUCAUCCAGAGAUUUGAUCCUGUUGCAAAACUAGGUUUUUGUCAACCUUCAGGUUAAGGGUUUCUCAUUUUUAUCUCAUACUUAAAAAUUGAUUCAUCCUACAGUGUAAGUACUUUAUAAAUACUCUAAUUUCUGCCUUGAAACUGACCAAAUACUGAAUUCAUGUACAUUUUGUCUAAAGCAGCCAAUGGCCACCAUAAAGCAUUUUUUUCUUCUUUCAUAAAGGAUAGAUGUCCUGUCUCCCAGUUCAUCUCAAGGGGCACGUUCGCCUCUCUAUAAUAAUCUUAACUUGUCCCUGUGUUGUUAUUUUGUUCUAUCUUCCAGUAGCAAUCUUCUUGAAUGCCUCCCAAAUAAUCACUGAGCAAUUAGUUUAGUGUUUUAGUUCUGCUUCAGGAUUGAUGAGGUUGCCAUAAGCAGGUGAAUAACUACAAAAGUUUAGUGUCCCAGCAGCUUGUCUGUGAUGAGUUGUCUGAGCUGGCAUACGCCAGCCCCCACAGGCCAAGUCUGUCCUGGCCCAUCCUUCUCUGAGGAAAGUAUUACAGGACUUACAGCCAUGUCUGUCUAUGAGCUGUCAUGGCUGCUUCCCUCUACAGUUGCAGACUUGAGUAGUUGUCACACUGUGUGCAACACAAGCAAAAGUACUUUUUGGACAAGUUCACUGUUUCCUGCUUAAAAUUGUCCCUACCUACCCUGGGGCCUAAGCAGAUAUACUCAAUAGGAGUUGACAGCUCACUUUGGGAAAAGAGAAGAGAAAGUUUGGCUCUGUACACCCACAGCUUAUAAGAUUUCAAGAAGUGCAAAUCGCUCUAUACAGGUGGGAGGAAGAUGAACUAUUUGGGAGAUCACAUUACUGGUCCCCAUUCUGUUCCCCUAGUUACGUCACUCUAAAUAUGUCUUUGCUUUUUCAUUGAGAUAAAAGUUUACAAAUAUUAAGUGUCCACUUCAGUGGAGUUUUCUAUUCACCUGUGAAUGCCCCUCUCAGAUCAAGGUAGAGAAUAUUCUGUUACUCCUGAGGGUGCCCUUCCCUCUCACACAGAGAUGAUUGCUGGUCUGACUUGUAUUGCCUGUCAGUUUUGCCUGUUUUAAAUGUAUAUCAAGUGGAAUUAAAUACCCUGUUGUAUCUUCUGUUCUGUGUGUCUGCUAUAGAAAUCCAUGUUGUGGAUUGUAACAGCUCAUUUUUCACUCUGUGUCACAGUCCAUUCAUUGUACAAGUUGAUCCAUUCAAUGUUGAUGAAUAUUUGGAUUGUUUCCAGUUUAUGAUCAUUAUGAAUAAAAUUGCUGUUAAAAGCCU